ACACGACAGAGCUGCGUCCUUGUCUGGGCGAUUUUCAUGAUCAGCCCCUCCUUCGUCUGCGGACGAAACCAGGAGAAUAUCCUCCGCGGCUAUUCUGAAGAUGCCAGGAUCGCGUCCCAUUUCGCCUAUAUCCACCCACAACCGGAGGAGUCAUUUGUCUCGCCCUUCACCUCCAUUAUUAUGCGACCUGGUGCGCUGCUCUGGAACGACCAAGGACCGCUACAGCAAGUGGUCAGAGAGUCAGUUGAAGUGGUGAUUGAAGGAGAGCAAAGUGGCAUCAGGGAGGCCUUGACGACCAUCAGCCGGGACAAUGUGACGAUUGUAUUUGACGUAGGGGGUGCCUUUGUCCCCGGUGAGCGGGUCACAGUCUCUGUGAAGGAAGGCAUUACUCUCGUGCCAAUCGACCAGCAGCAUGGUGGUGAGCGGGAAGUGCUGGGUGCCUUCUCGUGGCGAUUCACCAUCGCGUCAAGAAGGACAGCUGUACACUAUUUCCGCGCCAUGAGAGAGCUGGCAUCCACUCGGAGCAUGAUGGAAGCCCGCAUCGGUGGCGCGGGCGAAGAUGAAAAGAACAGACUUCUGACGGACUUCAAGCAUCGUGAUGCCAGACGCGAGCUGGGUAGGAAAAGGAAGAAGGCGGUGCAGUCACUCUGGUUUAUUUCUCUUUCCAGGGGUCUAUUGGUCAUCCCUGCCCGAGAAUUCGACAGCAACCGCCAAGCAGAGGGUCAUCAAGGCCUACAAAACGCUCCCUGAGGACUAUCCGGCUGUCGAUGUGUUGGUGCCGCCAGUCAAGGGGAAGACGGCCGACGGGUAAUAGCGCUGCUUGCCUAUCACGCAGAGACGCGACGACGCUGAUUCAUCUUCAGUUUCAUCGUGGUUGCCCCUCUCCGCCACCCGGACGUAUCGGUGCACCAGUACCUUCUGAUCAUAGACGAAAAUGGAGAGCCAAUAUGGUGAGAGCGCGACAUGAAGGCCCCGCCCCGUCUUUUUACUUAUCAUCCCUCUCUGCGUGUGCUGUAGGUUUGACCGGUUCCCAAAUGCUAAUGACGGGUGGAACGGCUGGUCCACACGAGAUUUCAAAGUUCAGGAUAAUGGACUGCUGUCGUACAUAUCUGCCACAGGUACGCACAAGCGCCCACGUUUUAUCUAUUUGCAUAGACGCACAUGUGUAUACAGGUGGGUGGUCUGUGUUGGACCAUUCGUACGAGGAGGUGCGUCACAUCCGGCCCAAGAACGGAUACAUCACCAACGACCACGACAUGAAAAUACGAGAAGAUAACCAUGUAACGCGUCGCAACAACACGUACUGCGACGCCUACCCGUGAGUACGCAGUGCAAGACACGUCCGUCUCGCUGGCUGCAUGCAGGUAUUGCUCUUGGCCUACGACCACCGCGGGAACGUGAAUUUCCUGUGGCGCGGGACGCAGGUCACUAAUGUUCUGGGAUUCGUAGUGCAGGUGAGCUACGAAUCUGACCAACGCUGCGUUGCAUGUGUCUGCCGCUGUGCAGGAACUCGAUGACGAAGACAACCUCGUGUGGCAGUGGAAUGGCUGGGUGGGAUGACGAGAGAUGAUAAACUUGUGGCUAAAACAAGACUGAAAAUGGCGUGUUUACUAUCGUCUCUCCCAUGUCAGGACCACAUGCAUGGCGCUAUGCAGGAGAUUCAGAACACGACAGGACAGGGAUUCUUUGACGGAGAAGGAUUCUUUGACCAACUGCAGUAUGUCAAACGAAAGAGAGAAAUUGUUGUGGGUGCAUUAUCAUAAUUUAGUGCAAAUUCUGUCGCGUGGACACCCGACGGCCACGUGCUGGUCUCUCUCCGGCACCUCUCACAAAUAAUCAAAAUCAACAGGAAAACGGGAGCCAUCAUGUGGAAACUGGGUACAGACGUGUAUGGGUACACACAUACAUGUUACAUGUCUGAAUAAUGACGUGCGCGCGUUCAGGUGGUAUCGAUAGCGACUUCAGCUUUGAAGGUGAUGACCCUGGCCCCUCGUGGCAGCACGACGCCAGGCUACACGCAGGGGGUAUCCUGACAGUUUUCGACAACGGAAGCGAAAGGCGCCCGCCUUGGUUAAGUCAAAACAUACACGUGUAUGUGAAUGCAUUCGUACGCUUUGGUUGCAGGUCGCGGGCGGUUGAGUACGAGCUUGACCAGAAAAAAAUGGUGGCCAAGAAAAUUUGGGAAUAUAGGGACAAUCCUGACAGAUUUGGAGUCGCCAUGGGCGGAUUUGAUGUAAGUUCAGAACAGGCAUCAUCGAAGAGAGGUGCUACUCUUUGCGUCUCGUAGUAUCUCGAGAAUGGCAAUCUGGUGGUGAAUUUUGCUGGCGUUGAGCCCGACACGAACCCCUUCUACACAGAGGUCACACGGAGGGGGGAGAAGGUGCUGGAGCUGUCUGUCGAACCCGGUAGGUACGCAUGCAUCUGCGGUGCGGAUACGUCUAUAUGUCCUUGCAUGCACGUGUAUGCUCACGUCCAGGGAUGGCGUAUCGUGCGAUGAAGUACCCUUGGUGGGGCGUGCCGUCGACCAGACCGCAGCUCGUGAUGGACGAAAAGAAUGCCUCCCUUCAUUUCAGUUGGAACGGGGCCACACACAUCCAUGAAUGGAGGGUCCGUACGUACAUACGUCUAACAUGGAGUAUCCUAUCGUAUCCUGCUGCUGUUGCAUGCAGGUGUAUGGUGGCUUGGAUCCCGAAACAAGGGACCUCAUCACCUCUAUCCCUAAGAAGCAAUUCGAGCACUCCAUCCUACUUGCGGAAACACCGUAAGCCUCACCUAGGCCUAUGUGUGUGUUGUCCAUCUACUUCCCAUGGCUGUGUGCUGUAGCCACUCCCCGGUCAACUCCUGUCUGUAUUAUCGCGUUGAGGCCAUUGACAUAGAGCACAGAGUCAACAGAACGAGCGCCACCUUACUGUCACCCUGGUGCUCCAGCCUGGGCGCCAUGUGUCUCAUGGACGACGCAGAAAAAGAAGACUGCGCGGAGGACAAACCCUCUCUCGAUGCCAAAGAGUGCAAGUCUCGCGGCUGCUGCUACCGGCCCCCCGCAGCGAGCAGUAAAGAUGGUGUGCCAUGGUGCUUCAGGCCGCGUCAGAGGGCACCUAAUGGUGCGUGUGCGUCGGGAAGGGGGCGGGCAAAUGCCAGUUGGAAAGGGAUACGGAGGGAACAAUGUGUGGCACAAGGUGCGUGCUGGCGAGAAACGGACGAAGUGGGAGUGCCAUGGUGCUUUCAUGCCGGCGAUACGUGCAGGCAAACAGACACCACGAGGCAUAGAGCGUGAGUCCACACGAGAGUAUACGACGCACAUGUAUCUUGAGGUGUGUCGCGCAGGAUUGAUUGCGGUUACAGAGGCAUCCACCCAAAAGAAUGGUCAGUUACGCACGCAGCAGAACAGGUCAGUAUGCCUUCACUGUGUCGCUCUGUGUCGCAACAGCAUAUCUCGCGGCUGUUGCUGGAGCAGCGAGCAGGAGUCGUGCUCUCUACCAACUGCAGACAAUGCCUGGUCGUCCCGCUUUUGACGCCGAUCUGCGCUUGUCAAGAUACGAGCUGACUGCGCAAAAGGGCCGGGUGAGACAGGGCUUGUUCGUGGUGGUUUGUGUUCGUAACAUGGAAGGAAAGGUACUUCCACGAAUUUGUGGGGGAGGGGAUGGAUUUUCCCUCCACCUACACUGCGUAUUCCUGGGACAGAACUCAUGAGUGACAUUUACGUGAACACAAGUGAUGUGGC